CCCGCGGGCGGGCGGCGCGGAGCAGCGCUGAGCGGGGCGGCGCGGCGCAGAGCGGCGCGGAGGGGCGCGGAACGGGGGGUCCGCGGAGGGGCGCGCAGCGUGCGCUAUGCCUUUAACGGCGCGCAGGGCAGGCAUGCCGAGCGCGUAGUGCGGGAAAGUCGAGGCGGGGUUAAAGUUCAGCUCAUGGAGCGGCUCCGCGCUGGCUGCAGUUUGGCAGAGUUGGAAAUGUGAAAGCAAGAAGCAGGCUCGGGGCUCCCCCUCCUCUCCUCUCUCUCUCUCUCUUUUUUUCCCCUCCUCUCUCUCCCUCUCCCUCUCUCUCUCUCCCCCUCUCUCUCUCCCUCUCUCCCCGCACACGCACACCUCCAAACCGCAGCCCCCCGCAGCAGUCAUGUAUUCUCCGCUCUGUCUCACCCAGGAUGAAUUUCAUCCCUUCAUUGAAGCACUUCUGCCUCACGUCCGAGCGUUUGCAUACACGUGGUUCAACCUGCAAGCCCGAAAAAGAAAAUACUUCAAAAAACAUGAAAAACGUAUGUCAAAAGAGGAAGAGAGAGCCGUGAAGGACGAACUGCUAAGUGAAAAACCCGAGGUAAAGCAAAAAUGGGCAUCCAGACUUCUGGCAAAGCUCCGGAAAGAUAUCAGGCCUGAAUUUCGGGAGGAUUUUGUUCUCACAGUCACAGGAAAAAAGCCUCCGUGUUGCGUUCUUUCCAAUCCAGACCAGAAGGGCAAGAUGAGAAGAAUUGACUGCCUUCGCCAGGCAGAUAAGGUCUGGAGGUUGGACCUUGUUAUGGUGAUUUUAUUUAAAGGUAUUCCGCUCGAAAGUACUGAUGGCGAGCGCCUUGUAAAGUCCCCACAGUGCUCUAACCCCGGGCUGUGCGUACAGCCCCACCAUAUAGGAGUUUCUGUUAAGGAACUCGAUUUAUAUUUGGCAUACUUUGUGCACGCAGCAGAUUCAAGUCAAUCUGAAAGUCCCAGCCAGCCAAGUGAAGCUGAUAUUAAGGACCAGCCAGAAAAUGGACAUUUGGGCUUCCAGGACAGUUUUGUCACAUCAGGUGUUUUCAGUGUGACUGAGCUAGUAAGAGUCUCACAAACACCGAUAGCUGCAGGAACAGGCCCUAAUUUCUCCCUCUCAGAUUUGGAAAGUUCUUCAUACUACAGCAUGAGCCCAGGAGCAAUGAGGAGGUCUUUACCUAGCACAUCCUCUACCAGCUCCACAAAACGUCUCAAGUCUGUGGAGGAUGAGAUGGACAGUCCUGGUGAGGAGCCGUUCUACACAAGCCAAGGGCGCUCUCCAGGCAGCGGCAGCCAGUCCAGCGGAUGGCAUGAAGUGGAGCCAGGGAGAGGAAACUCACUGGUCAAACCCUUGGACACCAGAAUAGUUGCAUGCAGUUUCCCAGGGAGCCAGAUAGCUCUAAAGCUUCCCAGAUAUCUAAGAAACCCCGAACACCGUGGAGCACUACAUGGAAUGCCAUCGCCAACUACAUUAAAGAAGUCAGAGAAGUCUGGUUUCAGCAGUCCCUCGCCUUCGCAGACCUCCUCCCUUGGAACGGCUUUCACACAGCACCAUCGACCUGUCAUUACAGGACCCAGAGCAAGUCCACAUGCAACACCAUCGACUCUUCAUUUUCCAACAUCACCCAUUAUUCAACAGCCUGGGCCAUACUUCUCACACCCAGCAAUCCGCUAUCAUCCUCAGGAGACUCUGAAAGAGUUUGUCCAACUUGUCUGCCCCGACGCUGGUCAGCAGGCUGGACAGGUGGGGUUCCUAAAUCCCAAUGGUAGCAGCCAAGGCAAGGUGCACAAUCCAUUCCUUCCUACCCCAAUGUUGCCACCACCACCUCCGCCACCGAUGGCCAGGCCUGUGCCUCUGCCAGUGCCAGACACAAAACCUCCAACUACAUCCACAGAAGGAGGGGCCACCUCUCCCACUUCUCCAACCUACUCGACACCCAGCACCUCCCCCGCAAAUCGAUUCGUCAGUGUUGGACCACGGGAUCCAAGCUUUGUAAAUAUUCCUCAACAGACUCAGUCCUGGUACCUGGGAUAAAAGUCUCAGCUUCCCACCACCCACCGGACAGACCACCAGACCCCUUCCCACCUCUGUAACACGGAGCAGCAGCAUCGCAGCGCAGCGACUUCACAUCGGAAGGGGAGGCGAGCAGACACCGACAGCAAACUCGUACAUGGAAAUGGCAAACGUUAUGGUUGAAUAGCAAAGGCCGUAACUUUUUCGAGAUUUUAACUUUUAUUUUGUUUCGUUUUGGGUUAUUUUUUUUUUUUUUUAGACAACUUAGGACUGUUGUAAUUUCUCCUAUGGUGCUGGAAAUGGUUGGGCUUCAUAACUUUUGAAGUGUUUCAUUGGUAGUGUAAGCGUUAGGUGACACUGAGUAGAACUAGCCUCUGCUGCUGCUUACCAACUCGCUGUUGUAACACACUUUCCAUAUGGAGCCUAACUGUUUUACAGUAUCCGCAUCGAUUUUUUCCCAUACAGGUGUGAGACUUC